AUGAUUCGUCCUAAUGGAUUGCUCAUCGCCCGUCGUAUACUCCACCGUCGUCCAUUGACAACUUCAUGGAUCUGUGAAAGCUGCCGCACAUUCUCGACGGGAAGGGCUAAGAUCGCUGACCCCACCAGCCCCGCGCGAACGCGGUUCGCACCUUCGCCGACAGGGUAUCUACAUCUCGGAUCCCUUCGAACCGCGUUAUUCAACUACCUUCUAGCAAAACGUACGGGAGGGCAAUUCUUGUUACGAAUUGAAGAUACAGAUGAGUACAAGGAGCUGAAGAGGCUCUGUCCCCAGGUUGGAGGAAAUUACGGGCCGUAUAGACAGUCUGAACGCUCCCACAUCCAUAAAGAACAUGCCGAACAAUUACUCGAGACGAAACAUGGUUACCGCUGUUUCUGCAGCAUCGAGCGGCUCCGUUCACUCGCCGAACAGCGAAGAGCCCUCGGUUUAACUUCUGAAUACGACCGAACAUGUGCAUCCCUCGACCCAACCGAAUCUGCUGCCCGCGCAGCAGCCGGUGAACCCUAUGUUGUCCGUCUUAAAGUCCCGGAUGUCUAUCCGAUGUUCACCGAUGCCGUUCACGGACGUAUCAAACCAGGCCGUGCAACUGUUCGUCAUGGAGAACCUGCUUUCGAAGAUCCCAUUCUGCUAAAACAGGAUGGAUUACCGACUUAUCACCUUGCCAACGUUGUAGACGAUCAUUUAAUGAACAUUACACACGUAAUUCGAGGCGCUGAGUGGCUACCCUCUACGCCCAAGCAUGUUUUUAUGUACCAGGCUUUCGGAUGGGAGCCCCCGGUGUUUUGCCAUGUUGGGCUGUUGAUGGAUAUGGAGGGACAUAAAUUGAGUAAACGGACGGGAGAUGUGCAUAUAUCGGAGUAUAGAGACAAGGGGUACUUGUCGGAAGCUCUAUUGAAUUUUGUGGCACUCUUGGGGUGGAAUAACCGGUUGAAGAGCGAUGUUCUACCAUUAGAGGCUUUGGUUGAGAACUUUUCCGUCAAAGAUCUCACAAAAGGCAACACCAAGGUCAACUUUGGAAAACUAGACUAUCUCCAAAAAGCCUUUAUAGCCGCAUACUCAGUCCCAGAGGACGGCGACACCAGCAAAUCAUCUAACUUCGCGGCCUCGAUUGUCGAAGCAGUUCAAAACGCCGUGGCAGUUAGAUUUCCACAAGUUCCCGAAGAGCUUCAACACCCAGAAUAUAUCGCCGCAAUCCUAGAAUCUGACAUGAAAAACUACAUUACUCCCGUCAAAUUCGUGGAAUCCCAUGAUUACUUUUUCCUACCGAACCCGGAUUGGGAUUCAAUUGAAGCAAACGUUUAUAGAGAAAAAAUGACAGGUGAAGAUGUGAUCAAGGGCAAAGACGCAUUGGCGACUAUCGUAGAUACAAUGAAGAAGCGGCCAUCGGAUAUGUUGGAGUGGAAUGAUGAUUAUAUCACUCGUAUACUGGGAGAUAACUGGCAAGACGAAGAUUCGAAGAAGAUGGUUCAGAGAAAUUUGAGAUAUGCACUUGCAGGAGGUAAGGGUGGACCGGGUAUUCAUAAAAUCAUGAUGAUACUUGGGGAGGAAGAAGUCAUACGGAGGCUAGAAAAUGUGAGGUGGUAUGGCAAACGGGGGCAGUUGGAUGAGAAGGGGAGAGUUAUUAUGACUUGGAAGGAAACUCGGGAGAAGAUGGAUGAGGAGGAUGAGGAGGAGAUUAACGAUUUGUUGAAGAAGAGCAGUCAGAUAUAG